CGCGGAACAUAUGCGCAAAAUGAAUGCUGCGCAUGCGUCUAAACUCAAGAAUCUAUGGGUAGUUCACCGCGGCACAUGCACGGAUGGUGCAGUAGAGCCGAGAAUCCCGUAGCGUGUGUUUGUUUUUAAUUUCGCGAUCUACGAUCUAACUUUUUAACCUUAACAGAAUCCGAUUCGUAAAAGAGGCUGUAUUCUUUCUCUCUCUUUUCCCCCUCUUCUCUCUUUUUCUCCUCUCUCUUUCUUUUAGUGUCUAAUUUUCCUGCCUUUUCCUUCCUCUAUCUCUUUUCCCUUUUUCUCCUUCCCCCUCUUCGUUCUUUUCUUUUCCCCUUCUCUCUCCUCUCCUUCCUUCUUUUCCUCCUCCUCCUCCUCCUCUUCCUUCUCCUCCUCUUCCUCCUCCUCCUCCAUAUCCCCUCUUGCUUCUUUGCUUCUCUCUUAUUCUGAACAUUACUCUCUCUCUUGCUCUCUCUUUUCCCUCUUACUACCUUGCCUGUUUCUGUCGCUCUUAUAUACUUUUCUUCCCUCCUCCUCAUCCUCCUUUCCUCCUCCUCCUCCUCCUCCUCCUCCUCCUCCUCCUUACACAUAGUAUACUGACUCCGCUAUUUCUAAAAACGUAACGCAAUCGUGGCGACGUAUGCGAGGAGCGCGCCAGAGAAAACACGAGUGAGAAGGCGCGACGUACGAACAGCAAGUUAUAUUAAUUACGAGAUAUAAUUGUGCGAGAAAAAUAAAAAAGCAAAGUGAUAUAAUAGUGAAUAACGAAAAAAAACAGCAUUACCAUUGUGCAAAACUAAACGUGGAAGGAUUGCUGUUGUUUUGGAUCUUAAUCGCAACGUCGUCUGUCUCUUGCUCGUUUACGUUUAACGUUCACUUUUUCUUUCCGUUUCCCUUUCUUUGCAAUACCUUUUUGUUUUUGUAUCUUUUUCUAUUUUCGCGUGACCGCCAUAGGAGUAAUCAAGUAAUUGCGAUGUGUGAUAAUACUAACACGACGACGCAGAGUAUAGCGGACUACCUGUCACAGUUACUAAAAGAUCGAAAGCAGUUAGCUGCUUUCCCUAAUGUCUUCAUACAUGUAGAGCGCCUACUAGACGAAGAAAUUGCAAAAGUACGAGCAAGUCUUUUUCAGAUCAGUGGUGUCAAAAAAGAGCCACUGGUCUUGCCAGAACCAGAGGGUGAAGUCACAACACUUAUGGAAAAAGUUUAUGUACCUGUCAAAGAACAUCCAGAUUUCAAUUUUGUUGGAAGAAUCCUUGGACCACGAGGAAUGACAGCCAAACAAUUGGAGCAAGAAACAGGAUGUAAAAUUAUGGUUCGGGGGAAAGGCUCUAUGAGGGAUAAAAAGAAG